GAGGAAGAACGACACUCAUCUGGUGAGGGUGCCCACAAAUCAGGCCGUGGCGCUCAGGGCAGUCUAGCAGCGGCAGGUGCUUUCCGUUCUUAUGCCGCAGCCAUGUCCCUGCCCAUUAUCAGGAGCAGACAGUCGAGGCCGGCACGGAUCGUUCCCGUUAGGAGGGGCCAGCUCACAGCCAUCACGUAUGUCCCUUCCCAAUUGAUCAAUUGCCGCGUUGCAGACUGCUAGUACGACGAGCUUCCUCUUAAGAUCCUCGCUCGCCUCACGCUUCUCUCCUACAUACACGACAAUACCCAGCUUACCCCACCCAGAGUUACGUCUUGUUACACUUUCGCUUUACCAUCCCAUUAUUCAUAAUGCACUGGCUCACUUUCUUUUUGGCGGCCUCGACGCUGCUCGCGGCCAAGGCUGCGGUACUUCCACGUUGUGCACAAUGCAACGUGCCUCCCCAAUACUCGGGCGAGGCGCAGAAGCUGGCGGAUCCAACCUACGGGCCCAUCCCGGGCGCGUCGGAUCUCUACAGCAGCUACUGGGGCAUCGAGCGGCCUUUCCCUGGCAACAUCACAGACCCCGUCUUCCCGACUGAGAACGGCCCGCCUGGCGAAGACGACUACAUCUGGCAGAACCUGCUGUCGGCGGAGUGGAUCAUCUUCGAGUUCUACCAGCAGGGCAUCGAGCGCUUCAGCGACCAGGAUUUCAUCGACGCCGGCAUGCCCAACACCACGCGGCGCCGCCUGAUGGAGAUCCGCAACAACGAGGCCGGCCACCUGCGCAUCUUCCAGAACCAGAUCUCGCCCACGUCCAUCAAGCCGGGGCCCUGCCGCUACAUGUUCCCGCUGGACGAGCCCCUGGCGUACCUCUCCUUCCUGACGGUCAUCGAGCUGGCCAGCAUGGCCUUCCUCACGGGCCUGGCGCAGCUGCCCAGGAGCGACUUCGCCAAGGGCGCCAUGACGGCCAUCUCGCAGACCGAGACCCGCCACGAGCUCUGGGCUCUGACGGACCUCUGGAAGACGGAACCCUUCGCGGGGCCCACCGACACCACCUUCCCCUACGCGAACCAGAUCCUGUACAGCACGCACAACCUGGUCGUGCCGGGCUCCUGCCCGCCCGAAAACCCGGAAUACCCGCACCCGCGCCAGCUACUGCCCAUCCUAUCGGCCACCCCGAACACGACGAGCCUGGCGCCGGGUGCGACCAUCACGCUGCACUUUCCAGAGUCGGAGUCAGACAGCCAGCAUCAGCCGGCGUUCUUUAAGGACGGGAAGCAGUACUAUGCCGUGUUUUUUCAUGGCGUGCUCAACGCCAGCGUGCCCAUCGACACUGGCAGUGGCAGCGGCAGCGGCCCCAUCUCAGUCACGAUCCCGCCGGAGUUUGAGGCGAAAGGGGCCAUUAUUGCCUUGGUGGCUGACGAGCCCGGUGCGCCGACCAAUUACUCUGUCGUCGCGGGCCCCGCGGUCAUCCCCAUGCAGCCGGCGUGGUUGGGGCCUGCGCUUGUGAGAGGAGGGGGCGCGGUUUGAGAGGGAAUGUGAUUUU